UGUGCACAACUCCUGUCAAUGACAUCAUUCAAGUAGGACAAGGGUGAGGUUGGGCGAGCGCUGGAGCAGAGAAGAGGUGGCUUUAGGAAUGAUUGGGGAGCUUUGUGUUGGACGGGUGUGUUCUGGGGAGAUCUGACUCGUUUUCAGUUGAAAACAUCUUUACAACCUUCACCAUUUGGACUGCUCUGGUAACAAAAAUUGUGGCACAAUGAAAUACUCCAUUGGGCUCUUUGUGGUGGUCUGUUCAGUGACUAUAAGUGUUGGCAAUAAGCAUUAUGGAAUGCGCUUCUCCUCUGUAGGCUCAUCUCUGCAGUGCUAUAAGUGCUCGGACUAUUACGGCGGGAGGUGCGAGAAGGUGCAAGAAUGCUCUUACGAGGACUCCUGUCUGACUCUGCAUGAGAAAGGAGGGAAAACCAUUCGCCAGUGCAUCCGAUACACGGACUGUGACAACUCUCGCCUGUCCCAGAUGUUUCCAGCUGUGUCCGGCUUCACCUACAGGUGUUGCAACAGUAAUCUGUGUAACAGUGCGCACAGUGUGUCUGCCCCGCUGCUCUCCCUGCUCAUUUGUCUGCUCAGCCUCUGCUGGAGCUGCUGCUCUGCGUGAGAAAGCUACUGUUUACAAAGACACAGAAAAACUCAUGUAAUCUGCUCAGCAAAACUCAUUUGAAUGUUCCUUAAGUGUGGUGCUGUUGGACAAUGUGAUGUCUUAAUCUCCGUCCAUGUUUUUAAAUUCAAUUAACAGCCAUUAACAACUUGUGUUUUUUUGUCAUUUCAGCUUUAUUUGUAUUGAGCUCAUUCAAAUUAAACACUUUUUAGAACUUUAGUGUAAAGUGUUUUGUUGCUGCAUCAUGAUGUAAAGUCAACUAAAGCUUAUCCUGGUUCUCUGCUCAGUUAUUUCAUACCAGUAACAUCACUACUGUUGUAAUGUUCACAUACUGUCAUAUGCAGGAGUUUGAAUAACCCGUCAAAUGACGUUUUGCUGAUUUUUAAAGUGAAAAUAAGUUGUCAUGUCCUCUACAGAGAACACUCAUUUUUCUGCUGAUUUAACUGCUCCAUUUCUAUUUAUUUGCUAAACUUAAUAUAUGGGGUGGGUGGGGGUGGGGGUUACAUACAAUACUAAAUGUACCAUAACUUUUGCACAGGCCGCAUUUUAUGUGUUGUUUCCAAUUGAAAUGUUCUCUGUGAAAGAUUAACUGUUAACUUAUUUUCACUCAGAAAAUCAACAAAACAUGCAGCCAAGUGCGAUCAAAUGGUUGAAUACACAUGUACUAUAAGCCUUACACAAAGGUCCAUAGUAGCACUGCAGGAAUUUGAACAGGAUUCCAAUUAUAAUCAUAUAGGAAAUUUGGACUACAGUAGAGAAUGUACUAUAGAUUAUUAUAGACAAAUUAUAGAAAUCUUAUUAUACACACUUAAAAAUGAUGGUUCUUCAAGGGUUCAUUAGUAAAGAAAUUGGAUCUAUUUAGAACCACAAACACUCAAAGAACCCUUUGCAUGAUUAAAGGGUUCUUUGCAUUGUGAAAGUGUUGUUUAGACAGAUGGAGAAUGUGCUAUAUAGGGUUCUAUAUAGCACUAAAAGGGGUCCUUCUACUGUUACAAUGUCUAUAAAGAACUACAUAGAACCGUCUACUGCACUAUCUGAAGAACAUCAUGCAAAGGGUUCUUUGAGCGUUCAUGUUUCUAUAUAGAUCCAUUUUCCUUACUAAAGAACCCUGGAAGAUCAAAGGAGCCCAUUGUUUUUAAGUGUGUAGAUCUUUUUUUGUAACUGGUAAAUGAAAAAAAAUUAUGUAUAUUAACUUUGAUGCAGAGUCUAGAUGCAUCUCUUGAAUACAAUUCAGUCAAAUGAAGUGGCAGUGAAUGUUACAGCUCACUGCUCACAGUGGUCAGUGGGCCAUUAAGCAGCCUGCAGAACCCAGCUGCCCUGAGACAAUCACCAUCAGCCCAACUGUGCUUGAUCAGUAAUCUAAUACCUCACUAUUCUGAUAUGUCAAGAAAUCUCUUGUAGCACCCCCAAAACAAAUUAAAAAAGCUUUUAAAAUAAUUUGACAGAAGUAGUUUAGUGUCAUUUUCUUUAGCCACUCAUUCCAUAUGGAACUGUUUCUAGAUUAUAGAACACUGUCUGAAACACUGUGGCAAACCUGUGAGAACCUUCCAAAUAUUACAACAGAAGGCAGCCCAACUUCUAUUACUAAUGUUAUGAAGGGUAUAGCUUGGGUAUAGUAAAGGUUUUCUCUACCGGAUGUAUUUAGACGUGAAUACCUGACAUUUAAACAAUGAUAACUGAUUAAGGUGACCAAACUAAUGUAACCUAAUGUAAUGUGCAACAAAAUGAAUAGCACUGAAAGAAAAAAUUAAUAUUCAAACCUCAAGUACAGUUUGUAUGCAAAUGUUGAACUCCAAUCAAAUGAUAUGUUUUGAAGAUUUUCCAAGUGAAAAGUGCACAAUGUUUGGAGUGUUUGAGCAAAUAAACAGUAAUUAUACAUUAAAAUGUACUAAAGUGUGUUCUCUGUAGAGGAUUUGUUCACUUAGAUUUACUCUUAAUAUCAACAAAUCAUAAUUUGUCCAGAGAUGCUCAAACUUUGGCACAGAAAUUAAUACAGAAAAAACACUGUGUCCCAGGGGGCAUACAUACUCAUUACACCGUAAUACACAAACACACUGAUGCACACGUUUCCAUCAUGUGAUGAAGUCUGUCAUCAUUUUUUAGCAGAAUUGCAGUGCAUUAACUGAAGAACUGCUUUGUAACUCUCAGGCCUCGGUCUUACAGCUCACACUGUGGUUCUAAAACUGUUUAUGAAUAAAACCUUAGAAAGGC